GACCAGCACUGGGACUCACAUCCAGCAGCCAUGAUGCAGAGUGGUUCCUUUGUCUUCUCCAUCCUCACUGUAGGAGUCCUUCUCACAUUAUGGUCUGAUCUUCUGGACAUUCCUGGACAGGCUCAGGCUGUACCUGAAAAAUGUAAACUUCCUAAGGAUAAUGGGCGUUGUCGAGCAUCUCAUCCCAUGUAUUACUACAGUGCUGACACCCAGACCUGCCAACAGUUCCUCUAUGGUGGCUGUGAUGGCAAUGACAAUAGGUUUGUUUCUGAAGAGGAGUGCAUGAAGGAGUGUGGUGGAAGCACUGCAUGAAAAUUUUACUAUAUAAACCUGGGCCUUUGAUGUUUUCCAGCCCAUUAACACAUCACCAGGACCUGAAAAAUAAAGGCAUGGAAAAAACCACAAUGUUUUUCAAAUUGCUGCACCAGUUAAAUUGAAGAUGUUGACAUGCCCUUCAAUAAACUGAUCUGUUUUUCCUCCA